AUUUCUCACGCCUGUAAGCCAUUAUUGUCCCUUGGCUUUCAAGCCAAGAGAUUUGAUGAUUACGUGCUCCGCAUGCAAAACCUUUAGAACAUGUUCUUGGAUAAGCCACUGCUGAAGCAAUCAGAUUCAUUCUAUCUGGAAACUUUCAAGCGGGUGUCAUUUCUGCUCAGAAUCUAUCACAUCCCAUUCUCAGAAGAUAUCUCUGGUUCAGUUUCAUGUCCCCGCAAUCUGUCUGCUUAGGGUCGAACUGUCUCGGCCAAAGUGUUUGUAGAUCUAUUCCUCUAUGAUUCCUAUCCAACUCUCAAAGGAUAUGUAGCUUUUUGCCAUUGGUAACACCCCGAAGGAUAUAUAAUAUACAUCAAAAAAUUUUGAAGGGGAAGAAGAAAAAUGGCAUCUCUCACCCCUGGAGUGUUACUGAAGCUUCUUCAAAGUAGGAACUCUGAUGUAAAAGUUAGAGGCGAAUACAGAUCGGUUCUUCUGCAGGUGAUAAGCAUUGUACCUGCACUAACUGGGUCUGAGCUAUGGCCUAACCAAGGUUUCUUCAUUAAAGUUUCAGACUCUUCUCAUUCAACCUAUGUCUCACUCUCAAAGCAAGACAAUGAGCUUAUCUUGAACAACAAGUUGCAACUUGGGCAGUACUUCUAUGUGGACAAAAUGGAGAGUGGGACACCAGUCCCUGUUCUUGUUGGGGUUAGGCCUAUUCCUGGAAGACACCCUUUUGAAGGAAACCCUAAGGAUUUGAUGCAGAUGUUGGAUCAAACAGAGGGUCCUCUACAAUCUGAAGGUGAAGGAGUUAAUUAUCCUUCAAAAUCAAUGGAUUUAAUGGAAGCCAAAGAGAAUCCAAGUCCAAGACAGAAGAUUGUUAUUAAAGAAGAGAAGGCUGCUGUUGCAUCCAGGUACAUGCAAGGUGUUUUAACAUCAAAUUCAAAGGUUAAUGGAGCAGAUAACAAUGGAGGGAGCAGAGGAAAUGAUUUAGAGAACGGUGGUGGAGCUAGCACUAAGAAGGUCGGAUCCACAAAAGCAAAGCAAGAGGUUAAAGAUCAGGUAAUCUCAGUGACUCCAACUCAUAAUAGACUCGAAGCAACUUCUCCAAAGCAAGAGGUCGCUAAACCUAGCAUUCAGGAGAUUGAUUUGACACCUUCUAAGAGCACAGCUUCUACAAAACGCAGUUCUUACAAACAGGAAAAUUUGAACCAUAACCUUUUGUCUCGCAGUAAAGAUAAAAGCUACAUGACGGAGACAAUUUCAUGGUCCUAUUUGCCUCCCAACCUUUUGAAGCCUGGAAAGGAAAUGCUUAAGAGGAAACACUUGGCCUCUCAGGUUGCGGUAGAGGCUCAAAAAGAAGCAUCUUCAGCAGCAAACCUUGUCAAGUGCCUCAGUAUGUUCGCCAAUCUCUGCUCUUCUGCAGCAUCAGAGAAUCCUCAUCUCACAAUGAACAAGUUCUUUUCUCUGCAACAACUCAUGGACCAACCAAACCUUACAUCUCCAUUAAAAGAUAAAUCACUUCAAUCGUGCAAAAAUCUAUCCUCUGCAGAACCAGGCAAACCUGGUAAAAAGACAGGCUUCCUGGCUGGGACAUCAUCGAAGUCUCUGAAACAAGCAGCAAGCAAACUAAACGAGACAGAUAAACUCGAAUGGGCCAAAGGGGAUGGUCUCAAAGAAGUAAAAGAUAUUAGAGAAAUCCUCUCAAAUGAAACAAGAUCAUGGUUUUUGAAAUUCCUGGAGAAGACGUUGGAUUCUGGGUUUUCCAUGGGUUCCCAAGAGAAAAAGGGAAAGGACAGUAAGGAAAUUGCAGGGAGACAUGUAGAAGAAGCUAAUCAUAUUGCUCUCACAUUGUCUCAUCUUAAGCGCGCAAAUGAAUGGUUGGACAAACUAAGAAUCAAUUUUAGCCCAGAGAGUGAAGGGCUUGCAGAAACUAUUGAAAGAUUGAAGCAGAAAGUUUAUUCUUGCUUGCUUGUUCAUGUUGACUCUGCUGCAUCAGCAUUGGAGAACCGAGCUUGAUUCUAGAACUACUAUUUAAGAACUCUAAAUUAUUCUGUUUCAUACUUAAAUUAUAAGAUUGCUAAUGGAAGUGCAUCAAAAUAGCUCCUCUUGAAAAUGCAAUGUAAUAUACUGAUUUAUAAUGCCAUUUAUGCAGAAGAAUAACAAGGCAUUUCUACUUUC